GAGAUAUAAAUAUAUUUAAAAAUUUGUAUUAAAUAAACAGUUGAAGAUUCAUAAAAAAAGUUAGAAGAACUUAACCAGAAAAUUAUUGAUAAUAUUGAAGUUAUGCAUCAUGUAUUUAAAAGUGAAAGUGAGAACAGAGAUAUAACAUUCAGUCCAUUUUGAACAAGAGAAGAAUUUUGUGAAAAAUAAGAGGGCUUUUAUUUUUAUUUUGACAUAGUAUUCGAUAAUAGCCAAUUCUUGUAAAAAUAAGGAUAAUAUUACUUUAUUAUGCUUUAAAAAAACAAUAGUUUAAGAUACAGUAACAAUGUGACUCUAAAUUAUUAAUUUUAUGAACAUUUCUCUGAUGCAUAUAUUAAUAUAAAUAAGUAAUGAGGAAAGAUAAAAUUUUUAUAAAUUUGAUAUGAAAAAAUCUUAUAUGGAUUUAUAUAUAUAAAAUCAACAAUGUCGAAACCUACUUGUGACACAUGCUUAAUGCAUUUCCAAGAUGAUUAUGCCUUGCGAGGUCAUCUUGCAGGUAAAAAACAUUUGAAAGAAUUAGAACGAGUACAAGCUGUGGAAAGAUCAAUUGUUGUCUCGCCAUUACCAAAAUUUAUUCCUACUCAUAGACUUAUUAAUUUUUUUCAACAAUAUGGUACAAUUAAAAGGCAUCAAUUUGGCCCAAAUUAUCUCACAGUUGAGUUUUGUGACAAAAAUCCUACAGAAAUUCUAUUAAACAAACCAAUUUGGAUAAAUAAUAUAAUGUUGAAUAUAAAAAAGAAAAAAGCCCAUAGUAAUCUGAAAAGAUCCAAAUCGAGGAAAAAAAAUAGUCCCAUAGAAAAUACAGAUUCUAUAAGUUAUGAUAACAUAAAACAUAUAUUUGAAGAAGAAACUACAUUUGAUAAUCAGUUAAUUAUAUUUUUAAAUGCAAUACAGCUUAGUGAUGCUGAAAUAGAAACAAGAUAUCAAUCUGUUUGUACACAAUUAGACAAAAUAUUUAAAGUGAUAUUUCCAAAAUGUAAAACAUAUAGAUUUGGUUCAACUCAAACAGGAUUAGGUUUUAAAGAAUGUGAUUUAGAUAUAUAUAUGGAUAUUGGAAAACCAAUAAAUGAAAAUAAAAGUACUUCAGGUUCAUGGACUAUGCACCAGAUUUUUAAAGAAGUAAAAAAAAUCAUGUAUCGAAUGAAUUGUGUUUUUUCUGACAUAAUAUCAAUUCCAAAAGCUAAGACUCCUAUUAUAAAAUUUUAUUAUGUUAGGACAAAUGUUUCUUGUGACAUUUCAUUCAAAAACAGUUUGGGUAUAUAUAAAAGUCAUUUGAUAAAAUAUUGUAUAUUUCUUGAUAGUAGGCUGAGACCAUUAAUGAUGAUUAUUAAAUAUUGGGCACGACAUUUUAAAACAUCAAGUGGACAGAAAAUAUCCAAUUAUGCUUUGGUAUUAUUAAUUAUAUUUUAUUUACAACAACCAUCUGUUAAUAUUAUUCCACCCUUAAUGAUAUUACAAAAUACAUGUCAACCACGAAUUAUAAAUGGAUGGCAGGCUAAUUUUGAUGAAAAUGGAGUAUUGCCACCGAUUACAAAUAAAAAUAGUAUUCCGGAACUUCUUCAUGGUUUUUUCUUUUUUUAUGCAACUUUUGAAUUUAAAUCGCAAGUAAUAUGUCCAAUAGAUGGAAUGGUACAUACAGAAUCAGAGUUUAAAAAUAUAGAAAAUUUACCGUCAUGUAUGGAUAGAUAUAAAGCAUGCGCAAAAGAAGAUGAAAGUCUUAAAUUAAAUGUUAAUAAACCAAUGUGUGUACAAGAUCCUAUAGAAUUAAAUCAUAAUGUUACAGCAAGCACGCAGGUUUCUACAUUAGAUUCUGUUGUAAGAUAUUGUGCAAUUGGUGCAGAAAUUUGCGCAAUGUCUAGCAGAAAUAACUACAGAGAUUUAAUGAAAACUUUGCUUACAACACCUUUACCAAAAGGUAAAUUUAAUGUUACAGUUUCUGCAAAUCAGUUUCAGUAUGGAUCAAACAGUAUGGAAACAUGUAUAGACAUUAUAGAAAAAACCAAAUUUUUAAAGCGUGACUGGCAUUCUAUUGUCUUUAACAUAGUAAAAGAUAUUUUUGAAAAAGUUUUUAAAGUACAAGUUGAAGUGUUGCCAGCUGAAACAGGAGCAAAACAGCAAAAGAUUGAAAUGUUGUCAGAUGUGCAUAUAGAAAAACAGCAAAAUAUCAUACUUCGUUGUACUGGGUCUCAUUGUGUAUGGCGCAAUAGACAAAGUAAUAGUAUUGUUCUAGAUCCCAAUUUGAGUUGUUUGCAAAUAGAAGCUCUUAUGUCUCAGCAAGCAAUAGAAAAAUACAAUAAAGAAGGGAAUAUAAAUAAAAUAAAUUUAGAUUUCACAUGUAUAUUUAAAAAGAAAGAUCCUUUAAAAGUUAUAUUAACUGUAAGUAAUAAAAAUUGUGAUGAUCAUGUUUUUCAAGAAUUUGCAUGUUUUGCUAGAGAUAAGCUAAUUGAGAUCAUUAAACGAACAUUAAUAGACGUGCAACAAUUCAGCAAAUUUUAAUAUUAAUUUUCAUAAAAUUGUAUAAAAAUUGAAUGCACAUAUCAAAUUCUGGACCAAGAACAUGUAGUUUUGGAAAACAUUUUCAUUUGUAUUAUAUUUCAUUUAUAUAAUUUCUAUGUAUUGAUCUAUAUUUUAGAUCGUUUUUUAAAUAUGGAUAUUAAUUUAAUUUAAUAGA